AUUUGAAAAUUUAUAUUUUGAGUGUAAAUAUCAAAAGAUCCAAAGAUCAGAAUUUGAAUAAAUUCAUUAUUAAAGGUAAAAAUUAUAAAGGAAUCAUCCUGUAUUAUACACACACGAUAUUUCAUCAUGUUAUCGUACUUUCUAGUUCAUACCAAUAAUGCGUAUUUCAAAAUUCAAUCGAUGAUGGUAACUAGUAGGUUAGCUUUUAACGGUGUUAUCGAGUGUAAACAAGCUUAUAAUUUAAUUAUUCAGAUCAGUGAAUCAGGAAAAUGGGUAAUAACUGAAAAAACGUAUAACACCAGAUACGAGUAUUCCAUCGCGAUGCGUAGAGAAAAACGUCACUAGCAUACUAACAUCCUAAGAGUUCAACUUUGUAAACUAUCAACGGGAGCAUAUAAUAAUAUCAGUCAUCGUUUAUUUAUUUAUCAACACCCAAACUGUAAUUCAUCAAUUAAUUUAUUACGUAUCAAUACCUUAACCUUAUAUACAUUGUACCUACAUCUCUAUAACGUCUAUCUAGAAGUGAAGAAUUCAUUAAGGUACCUACCUAUACUACAUAGACCCGUAGUGAAAUUAACAAAAUGUGUGUGCCUUCAACAGAACGUGUCGAUCAUAAGUGUUCUUCCGAUAGCACGUAUAAAAAAGUCAUGAAAAAGUAUAAAACGAUAUGGAUUUUAAGUACCGUAGCGGCUUUACUUGUUAUAUCCGCGGCACUGCAAAAUUAUACCGUCAGUCAAUAUGUUCGCGCCAUCUUGAAAUUAACUGUAAUGCAGUUAAUAGAUCUGAACAAUUUCAAAAAUUUACUUCACGAUUCGUGUUUAGUGCAUAAAAAAAUCCCAGAACGCGAACUUACUGAAUCGGACUGUUAUUCAUGUGAAAGCAUCGAUCAAGUGGACGUUGUUUACAAACCCGAAGACGUUUUAGAAUCGUACGCAGAUCUCAAUUGGCCGGUUGCGUUCCAAAGCAAUGUCAAAACAAACCUUACUGUUGAAGAUAUAGCGCUUGUUUUUUUAAUCGGAGAUCUCUUACCUUGUGAUUAUGAAUCAAACCUAAAAAUCGAUCCGCUCCGAGCAAUCGAAAUGAAGUACGGAUGGUUUAUGCAUUGGAGAAAUUGUGGUGACAUCCAAGGAAAAAUAAUGCGAGCUUUAUACAGACCGGAUUCAUUUUUGAGCAUUUCUUCCGAAACGUGGACAAUUAUGUCUUUCAAAUAUAAAACUUUCCAUUAUAAACAAAUCAAUAUGUACUAUGAUAGCAGAGUGGCGGUAUCUCAGAUAAGUGGAACGUUUAAUUAUCGUUUGGUGCCUAAAAAUCCUUGUACAGAAAUAUGUUAUCAUUUGGAUGGACGUUUAGAAACUUACCAUACCCUGGUUUUCGACAAUUUUAUUUGGGAUUUUCAGUAUCUGCCGUUGAAUAAUUCUACCAACAGCAUAGCUAUUAUUUAUUACAUAGAUUAAAAGUCAAAUAGGUACUCCAUCUAUAUCCGAU